AUGAAGAACGCGGUUCUCGCCAUUUUCUCGCUCGGGGUCGUCGGUUUGGUCUCGGCCCACCCCGUGCCUGCUGGAGGCUUCUACCCCCCGCCCUACGGCAGUGGCAUCCCCGACCCAUUCCUUGGUGGCACUCCCCCCGGAGGGGGUAUUGGCAAGACCGCUACCCAAAUGUGCAACUGCAACAACCCUGCCACAAAGGAGACGUCGGUGCAGCCAUUCUGCGAGCAAGCCGGUGGCCAAGACCAAUUCCGCGUGUUUGAAGGCGUCGAGCCCAUUCAGCAGCAUAUGUGCAUCCUGAGCAGCGCAUUGAGCGACGUCUACUCGAACUCCAAUUGCCAAAAGCAGUUUGGCCCGGACUUCAACGCCUUCUGUGCGAACUACUUGUGA